AUGCUGGGCCUGCAGACUUACGCCAGCUCCUCGGAGGGUGAAUCCGACCACGAGGAUGCCGCCGCCUCCAAACCCGAUUCUCAGCCCGUUCCCGCUCAUCUUCAACCCGUGGACAAGACGCACUCGCUCUCGACGACAAUCGCCAUCUGCGCUGCCCCAGCGGUGGUGCCCCUUGGAGCCUCGGCCGUGCCACGAACUCUGGAUCCCACGCUCAAGGAGGUCACCUACAAUCCGCGCUAUGAGGAAAUGUAUGCGCCGGUAAAGGGUCCGGAGCACCCUGAGCUCACCAUGCAGCAGCGGGCGCCCAGGAACACACUCGCCGGCUACGUGGAGAAGGCUCACAUCAAUGCUUUUGAGUUUGAAAACCAGCGACGCACUUUCCACACCUACGGCUAUGCUUUGGAUCCCAGUGUGGACGAGCAGGCCGAUGGAAAGUCGUAUGUUGGUGACCUGCAGUCCGCUUACGACGACAACGGCAAAACGGUGUUCGAGGCUCCGAAGGCCAAGAAGCAGCGCAAACAGGAAAAGAACGACCAUCCGGAGGACAUCGAGGGAUUCCUGGGACCCUGGGGCAAAUUCGAGAACGAGGUGACGGUGGCCAAGCCUAACGAACAGGAGCGCGCCGAGCUGGACGAGUUGCUAUCCAAGCGGCAUAAGCGCGGACGAAUUCCCGAGGACAAGCCGCUCGAGGAGAAAUCCACACUGCACAUCAAGGAUGCCUACGACUACCAGGGCCGUUCGUACCUGCAUGCUCCGCACGAUCUGGGCGUGAAUCUGCGCUCCAAUGCGCCGCCACCCAAGUGCUUCCUGCCCAAGGCGCACAUACACACCUGGACGGGCCACAACAAGGGCAUUUCCUCCAUCCGCUGGUUCCCCAAGACCGCUCAUCUCCUGCUCUCCGGGUCCAUGGACUGCCGUGUCAAGCUGUGGGAGGUUUAUGGCGAGCGGCGUUGCAUUCGCACCUUUUCCGGGCAUCGCCAGGCCAUCAAGGACAUUGCGUGGAACAACAGGGGCACCAACUUCUUGUCCGCCUCGUACGAUCGCUACAUAAAGCUGUGGGACGCGGAAACGGGGGAUGUGGUCUCCCGUUUCACCACGCGCAAAAUGCCAUUCUGCGUGAAGUUCCAUCCAGAUAAUAGCAAGCAACAUUUGUUCGUUGCCGGUACAUCCGACAAGAAAAUCAUUUGCUGGGACACUCGCAGCGGAGAUAUUGUGCAGGAGUACGACCGGCACUUGGGCUCUGUUAGCACUAUCACCUUUGUGGACGACAAUCGGAGAUUCGUGACCACCUCGGACGACAAAUCGAUGCGAAUCUGGGAGUGGGACAUUCCUGUGGACAUGAAAUACAUUGCCGAUCCGACCAUGCAUUCCAUGCCGGCCGUCACUUUGGCGCCGAAUGGCAAGUGGAUGGCCUGCCAAUCGCUGGACAACAAGAUCGUCAUCUUCUCCGCCCUUAACCGCUUCAAGAUGAACCGCAAGAAGACCUUCACCGGGCACAUGGUUUCUGGCUACGCCUGCCAACUGGACUUCUCGCCGGACAUGAGCUACUUGGUGUCGGGCGACGGUGACGGAAAGUGCUACAUUUGGGACUGGAAGACGACGAAGAUGUACAAGAAGUGGCAGGCGCACGACGGCGUCUGCAUCAGCGCACUGUGGCAUCCGCACGAGGCCAGCAAGGUGGUCACCGCCGGCUGGGAUGGCCAGAUUAAGUACUGGGACUAAAGCUCAGCACAAAAUAUCGUAGAUGUAAGAUAAACCGAUUUGUAAAUUAACUGAUAAUAUUGCAUACCUAUUAUGUUCA